UUUAAUAAAACAACUAUAGGUUAUCAAUGAAUCAAAUAGAUUAAAAGUACACUUUGCCUCCUCUUCGUAUAUCUGAGAUACAAGAGAUACUUAGAUCUUCAAAUGAAUAACAUAAAAAGGAAAUUAUUUCCAGUUACAGGGAUACGAAGAAAAAAAAACAAAAAGAAAUUGCAUAAUUAGAGAAAUAUAAGGUCAUUGAAAGAAAAGGUGUUAUUUGUAAUCAAGUUUAGUAUUCAAUUCACAAAGUAAAUUGUAAGGGCAAACCUUAGGGAAGACUUUAGAUAUAUUUUUAUGCAAGGAACCAAUGAUAGAUGAUUAUCUAAAACGACAUAUUAUUGCUCCUCAAAGAAAUUUAGAGAAGGGUCUAAAAGAUAGUAAAGAUGAGUUCUUAUUCUCUAGUAAAGACUGGAAAAAACUAACUUUUGGAUGGAAGAUGCUUUGGAGAUAUUCCUUAAGAUAAAUUAAGUAAAAAAGAAAAGCAAUCUUAGGAGUAUUGGAAUCAAUACAAUACAUAACUAUCUGAAUAAAGAUAUAAAAUACUAUUGGAUUCUUAGACUGGUUUGCAAAAAAAAGUGAAUUAAUAAAACAGACUCUAAGCUUUAAAAAUCUUUGUACCUAAUAAGUAUUCACCUGGAUUCUUUGAUGAUCACCCAUCGUAAAUCUUAGGUUUCAGGUAUAAAUUACAUAUUAGUUAGUGAAAUGCAUAAGCAUUCAUAACCAUAAAUUUGGAGCCCAAAUUGUUUUUAUGGUGAUUCAUUUGAUGAAAGUCUAAAGCAAUAAUAAUAAUCAAAAAAAAGCAACUCAAAACUCAGUAAUACUAUAUUAAAAGAUCACAGUAAAUAAUCUAUAAAGAUUGAUUGA